GCCCCCCGUCCCGGCCGCGCCGCACCCCCCGGCCCAGCCUCCGCCGCCGCCGCCGCCACAGCAGCAGUUCCCGCAGUUCCACGUCAAGUCGAGCCUGCAGAUCAAGAAGAACGCCAUCAUCGACGACUACAAGGUCACCAGCCAGGUCCUGGGGCUGGGCAUCAACGGCAAAGUUUUGCAGAUCUUCAACAAGAGGACGCAGGAGAAAUUCGCCCUGAAAAUGCUGCAGGACUGUCCCAAGGCCCGCAGGGAGGUGGAGCUGCACUGGCGGGCCUCCCAGUGCCCCCACAUAGUACGCAUCGUGGAUGUCUACGAGAACCUAUAUGCAGGGAGGAAGUGCCUGCUGAUUGUCAUGGAGUGUUUGGAUGGUGGAGAGCUCUUUAGCCGAAUCCAGGACCGAGGAGACCAAGCAUUCACAGAAAGAGAAGCAUCAGAAAUCAUGAAGAGCAUUGGCGAGGCCAUCCAAUAUUUGCACUCAAUCAACAUUGCCCACCGGGACGUCAAGCCAGAGAAUCUCUUAUACACCUCGAAGAGGCCCAAUGCUAUUCUGAAACUCACUGAUUUUGGCUUUGCCAAGGAAACCACCAGCCACAACUCUUUGACCACUCCCUGUUACACACCAUACUAUGUGGCUCCAGAAGUGCUGGGCCCAGAGAAGUAUGACAAGUCCUGUGACAUGUGGUCCUUGGGAGUCAUCAUGUACAUCCUGUUGUGUGGUUAUCCCCCUUUCUAUUCCAACCAUGGCCUUGCCAUCUCUCCGGGCAUGAAGACCCGUAUCCGAAUGGGCCAAUAUGAAUUUCCCAACCCAGAGUGGUCAGAAGUAUCAGAGGAAGUGAAAAUGCUUAUCCGGAACCUGCUGAAAACAGAGCCCACUCAGAGAAUGACCAUUACGGAAUUCAUGAACCAUCCCUGGAUCAUGCAAUCCACAAAGGUCCCUCAGACCCCGCUACACACCAGCCGAGUCUUGAAGGAAGACAAGGAGCGGUGGGAGGAUGUCAAGGAGGAGAUGACCAGUGCCUUGGCCACAAUGCGUGUCGACUAUGAGCAGAUCAAGAUAAAAAAGAUUGAAGAUGCAUCGAACCCUUUGCUUCUGAAGAGGCGGAAGAAAGCUCGGGCCCUGGAGGCUGCGGCCCUUGCCCACUGAGCCGCUGUGCCUCCUGCCCCAUUGGAGGACAAGCAAUAACUCUCUACAUGAAUAUAUUUUUUAAACGAAGAGAUACAGACUGUCCACUUCCGCCUCCUCUCCUCUUCAGCCACGCGGAGCCUGGAACUUGGUCCGUGGUUGAAUUCUGCCUUUGGUUCUGGCCUCCCUGGAAUGGGAGGGGCUGGGAGGCUGUGGAGAGACGGGAGCGAGGUGCUCUUGGACCUGUGCUCAAUUUGCAAUUUUAUUAGUCAUUUGACUUAGAGUUUUUAUGAAAUCUUUUAUUGUCCUUUACCCCGUCCUCUUCCUUUCCAGCAGACCCCGUUCCCUCUGGUACUGCAAAGGUCUGGCUGGGAUAGAGCCAGGGUAUCUGUGGAAACAGCUGUGGGGAGUGUCCUUGUGUUGUCCCCCUACCCUCCCUGUUUUCCACUACAGCCCAGAGUCUCCACUGGCUCAGGCAUUCUGGGAGCUCAAGGUCCCCUGGGUGGGGGUGCCUGCUGCCCCUUUUCUGGAGCACUCAACCCUCACCAGUGUGCCGGACAGGCGAGUGUGCACAUGUGCGCAUGCCCAGACCUGUGCCUAAGACUGAUUGUGCAUUCAAUGGGCCUGGGCUGCAGGGCUCCAGAGCCUCUCCCUCCCGGCCCGUACUGAGCCCGCCUAAGUGCCUGGGACGCUUGUCCACAUUGGAGCCAGGCUGGCUGCGGGCUGCCUGGUAGCUGGGUUCUGGGAGCUGAGGGGAGUGACUGGGAACUGGUGCAGUGACCAGGAAGACUGGACCCCUCAGGACCCCUUUCCCAUGUAGUGUAGUGUUUGUCCUUGGUCCUCAGAGGUACUGACCCUCUGAAGAGCCUCUAGCCUUCCCCUUCUUGCCAUGAUCAGUCGUGCUUGUCGAUUUCCCUGGGUUUUUAGCCAUUUCUUAGUGGGCGCCUCCUUGCUCACUCAGGUGAGCCUGGGCUGCUCAGGCUGUGAUGCUUUUGCAUUUGUGCUUCUCUCCUGGCUUGGGGGCAGCAUCAGCUACUUGUGGGUGAAGGCAGGACGAUUCUUGGUGGCCCUUCCUCCCUUCUCCACGUGUGGCCUAGUGGAUGGGGUAGUCUUCGCACCAAAGAUGUCCCGACUCUGCCCCUGUCCAUUAGCCACUUUACUUUCUCCCGACUCAGCCUGUGAAGGAAGGGUGCUCCCCUAGGAUUGAGGAGCAGCAUGGGAGAGUCUUCUGUGUUACGGUCCCACAUUUGCCCUCCCUUCUGGGGAGGAAGGGGGUGGCUCCUCAGGGUUGGUGGUGGAGGGGCCCCUGGGUCCUCUCUGGGCCUGGGGACAGGGCCCUGGGUGCCUGCAGCACCUGCCUUGUCUCUGAUGGUGUCCAGCACUCAGACUGUUGUAAACUGUUUUGUAUGAGCAAAAUUGUCUUUACUAAACAGAUUUAAUAGUU